GGGACGUCUGUGUUUGAUGGAAGCCAGCUGUCGCCGAACUACACCGGGGCCCCGCUUUAUUUGCAUUGCUAAACAGUCCGUGGAUUGGGCCGAGCAGGGGAAGUAAAAAAAGUUGAGAUCUAUAUAUAUAUAUAUAUAUAUUUCGUUGCAAGACACUCCCCCUUACUAUAGGUCGAUCCUCGGGACGGUUUCAUGCCUUUGGUCUACAGAACAGCCGGAGCGCGUAACUAAAACCAGGUGUCGACUUUCGUGUCAGCGCGCGGACUCGGAGGUGGCGAGGACGCGACUUUUUGCGUAUUGGUCCUAGAAGCCGUUCCAGUAAGAUAGGUAGAGAACGAUAAAUUAUCCUUCUUUCUGCUGCGAGCAAUUUGCAGUCGUCUUGCGUUCUUUCUGAGGGGGACCACAAGGAUCCAUAAAAAAAAAACAUGUCAUUUGAAGUACGUGGCUUGAGUUCCUCAGCCUGCGAGAGAAUAUUGACAGCUUUACUAUUUUUAUUGUGCUGCAGUCAGUCCGUAAAAAGUCAGAGGUGCACGGAGGGAUUUGCAUAUGACCGCAGGGCCAGACGGUGCAUCGAUGUUGACGAGUGCCGGACGCUGCCGGAUCCUUGUCGGGGCGACAUGCAAUGCGUAAACCAGAACGGAGGUUACCUGUGCCUCCCACGUACCCUUUACUCUCAGUCCUACGCACGACCUGAACAGCCGUCCUAUCCCGAGGCGUCUUACCCAGACACCUCCGUUGGGUUUCCCGAACAGUUCCCUCCCCAGCCUCCCAUAGGCCCCGGCCCGAGCUACCCGAUAGUGAGCCGCCCCUCCGCGCCGUGCGUCCUCGGUUACACGCUUGGAGAAGACGGUGCGUGCGUGGACAUCGAUGAGUGUGAGACUGAGUCCCAUCAGUGCAAUCCCACGCAAGUGUGCAUAAACACAGCAGGCGGCUACACCUGCUCCUGCACCGAGGGCUAUUGGCUGGUGGGCGGGCAGUGUCAGGAUAUCGACGAGUGUCGCUAUGGUUAUUGCCAGCAGCUGUGUGCCAACCUGCCAGGCUCCUAUUCGUGUUCGUGUAACCCUGGAUUCAAUCUGAACACUGACAGCAGGACGUGCCAAGACAUAGACGAGUGUGAGACUAACCCCUGCACCCACGGAUGUCUGAACACGUAUGGCACCUUCAUGUGCAACUGUGACGAGGGCUUCGAGCUCGCCGCUGAUGGAACUACCUGCAUCGAUCUGGAUGAAUGUAGUUUCUCGGACUUCCUGUGUCAGCACACGUGUGUAAACACGCCAGGCUCGUUCUCGUGCGUGUGCCCUCCUGGUUACUAUGUCUUUGAGGACGGCAGGAGCUGUGAAGACCUCAAUGAAUGUGAGUCUGGUAACAACACGUGUACAACAGCACAAGUGUGUUUCAAUUUCCAGGGAGGGUACACAUGCCUGGACCCCCUCAUAUGUCAACCCCCUUACAUAGAGCUCAGUGACAAUCAGUGCAUGUGCUCAGCAGAGAACCCUGCCUGUCGAGACAGGCCUUUCACUAUUCUCUACCGCCACAUGGAUCUGUCCUCUGGCCGCAGUGUCCCUGCUGAUAUCUUUCAAAUGCAGGCCACCACACGCUACCCAGGGGCGUUCUACAUCUUCCAGAUCAAAUCUGGCAAUGAGGGACGAGAGUUUUACAUGCGGCAAACCAGCAAUGUCAGUGCCACAUUGGUUCUGGCUCGGCCAAUCAGAGGACCAAAGACGAUAAUUUUGGACCUGGAAAUGGUCACAGUCAACAAUGUCAUCAACUUUCGCGGCAGUUCCAUCAUUCGCCUCACAAUAUUCGUCUCUGAGCACCCCUUCUAAAACGCUCCCGACAACCUUUGACCUUCCACUUGUCCGUGCCUCUUACCUCCAUCAUGGACUUCCUGUUACUGCAUUACCCAUCAGGCAGCUGUGUUUGUUCCUGUCUGUUCUACAGUUCUGGACUGUAUUUUACACCCUCGUCCGUCAGCAGGACUGCAGUGUUGCACCAAAUUGUGCCUUUUACCAAACUGUGCCUCUUUCAUAACUGAGGUUAACAAAAGGUUGCCUAUCCUAACCUCUAUAUCCACUUCAUCCACCCACUUACAUCCACUCAGAAGGAUAUUUAUGGUUUUUUUUCUCUGUUAAUGUGAGUUCAUGUUUGCAUUUGUGUUUGUCUUUUAGGAAGUCAUUUCCCCAUUCUUAAAGAGACUUUUCUUUUUACUACACCAUUAGUUGCCAAACCCUUUGCUCCAGUAAACUAACUGUGAAAGCAAACUUAUCUAAAGUUACUAAUUGUGCCAGCAUCUAAAUUUUGAAUCAUAACUCACCCUCUACAAGACUGGGGCUUCUUUUCCCUUGUGGGUGUGGCCAGACCAUUCACCAUUCUCUUCAAUACGGAUGAAGGCUGCUUCUAGCAUCAUCUCCAAUCAGCUUCUGUUCCAUCCUUAUUCCAUCCUGAUACAUCUUUGUGGUUUUCUUUUGGUCCAAAAGCCAUCUAUCCCAUUGAUCAUAUGUUGUGUAUCUUUUUUUUUUUUUUAUGUUGAUGUAACAAGAGAGCCUGGUCAGUCAAAUAAAGAUGAACUUGAUGGCCUGUAAUUUAAUCAAA